CAAACUAAGCUAAUGAAAAUACUUAUAUGUCUAAAAAAGUCUUGAAAUUAUUUAUUUGUCCAUGACGUUGGUAAUAUUAUUCACAUAAUUUAUCAAAAAACCCAUAUAUAUAAAAAUAAACAUACAAAUUAUUUUCCUCACUGAGUAGCAUCCAUCCAAGGUCAUGGAUUAAUGCUACUCCUCAGUGCUGAACAGUAAAUUCAGAGUAGAACAAGGAAUUUUGAAUUAUAAAACCUGGGACAAUAUUAAAUAAAACAUUAAAAGAGGCAAAUGUUCGUUAUGCCAUCUUCCUUUUCAUAGCCUGGAAAGUAAAAAAAAAAGAGAAAAAUACUAUUUGGAAGUUUAAUUGGGGAAAAAAAAGCCCUGCCAGCGCAGUGUGUCACCCCGGGGCACGGCCCCGCUCCCUGUGCCCGCUGCCGCUGCCCCCGACCCGCGCCAUGUCCGAGCGCAGCCGCGCCCCCGCCCCGGGGCGGGGCUUCCCGCGCCAGCCAAUCAAACCGCGCGCAUUGCCGGCCGGCCCCGCCCCCUCCGCCUUUGCGCCAAUCCUCUUCCCGUGCGUCGCUUCCUUCCCCGCCUCCAUAGACGGAAGAUGGCGGCCGCUGCAGCCAAUGGGGCAGCGGGGGCGGGGCUUGCGGAGGCCGCGCGGCGCCCACGCGGCAGCGGCGGCCGGGGCGGCUCUGAGGGACCGGGACAGGGACCGGGACAAGGAUCCGGGUUUCAGGCGUGGCUGGGGAGAUGGCGGCGCUGGAGGAGGUGCAGGAGCAGCUGGCGGGCCUGCGCCUCGCCAGGCGCUGCGCGCCCCGCGACGAGCCCGCCUACCUGCUGGACAUCGCCGCCUCGGCGGCCGCGCAGCCCGGGGGCAGCCGCCUCGUGGGGGUUUGCUGUUCCAGCGAAUCCCUCCGGGUGCACGACGGGGAGACGCUGCGCUGCCUGCGCCAGUACCGCGGCCACCGCGGCGCGCUGCACGGCGUGCGGUUCGCGCGCACCCGCCACAGCCUGGUGUUCUCAGCCUGCAGCCGGGGCACCGUCGGGUGCUGGGAUGUUCGCUCGGCCUCGCAGGAGCCCGUGCAGGUGUUCACUGGCUAUCCUUCCAACGUCUUCAUCAGCUUCGACGUCAGCUGCAGCGACCUCAUCGUUUGUGCCGGCACGGAGAAGGUGGAGAAGGACGCGUUUCUGGUGUUCUGGGAUGCGAGAGGCGUUACAGACUGUGCCGGCGCUGCUAAAGAACCCUUGGGAGUCUAUUCUGAGAGUCACAACGAUGACAUCACCAAAAUCUGUUUUCAUCCUACCGAACCCAAUUUGGUAGUGUCUGGCUCGACCGAUGGCUUGGUCAAUGUGUUUGACAUCAACAAGGAUAACGAAGAUGAUGCUUUGGUAUCGACUUGCAAUUCAGAAUCAUCAGUGAGCUCUCUUGGCUGGGCUGGGGAAGGUUACAAACAGAUCUAUUGCGUGACACACGAUGAGGGGUUCUGCUGGUGGGACACGGCUCAGCUGGACACGGAGGAGCCGAUAACCCUGCUGCACGUCCUGGAUGUCAGAGAGUCAGUCUGCGCUGAGAACCACGGCCUGCAUUACCUGGUGGGGGGCUUGUACCACGAAAAGGCAGGGAAACUCUUCCUGAUUGGGGGAACCUCCACAGGAAACAUCCACCUGAUCGGCUGCAGCACCCAUGGCCUGAGCCUGGUGGGGACCCUGAGUGGGGGACACUCGGCCACGGUGCGCUCCUUCUGCUGGAGCCCCACGGAUGAGGCUCUGCUGACGGGUGGAGAGGAUGCUCAGCUGUUGCUAUGGAAACCCGGGGCUGUGGAAAGGUCCCUCACAAAGAAAGCAUCUCUGAAGAUCUCUUCUUCCGUGCAGAAGAGAGUGAGAGUUCACAACACCUCCCUCAAAAGCAGGAAAAAGUGAAAUGCCUAAAGUGGGAAUCUCUGCUGUGUAGAGCUUUCCUGGUGUUUAAUCUCUCUAGGCAAUACUUGGCCAUGUUUUAUUUGGAGGUUUUCUGUGGAAAGAACUGUGGUGCUUAAAUUCCCCCUGGGAAUGUAUUUCAGUCAUCAGAAGAAUGCCUUUUAUUUUUUUUUAAAUUGCUAAUAUUAAUCAGAAAAGAGUAAAUGUUUGCUCCUGAGUUCUUGAGCAACUGAUGUUGAAUCAUGUUAUAUAAAACUUUCUGUGGUUAUUUAAUGUCUCAAACAAUGUUUUAAAUGUGUAAUACGGGCCUGUGGCUUGCACAAUUUGUUACCUUCCCAAUGAUAUUCCCUGGCACAUCUAAAAAGCUUUUGUAUUC